AACUCGGGGCCUGAGGCUCAGAAAUAUGGCUUGAAUGUAACAAUAUAAUUAGAUUCAGACUUUAGUUUGACUAAUAAAAACUAAUAAGCUUGAUUGAUUGAUAUAUUUAGAUCUAAUAGUUGUUUUAGCAGCAUGAAACCACUGUCCAUAUACUAUAAUCACAUUACUCCAGCAGCAACACUGACUGGUGGGAUAAAGUUACCUUGAAUAUCUCUUCCCUCUUUCCCUUCCAUCGUCCGUCAGUCCCCGCCGUUGAUCUAAUUCUGUCAGAGCCGGUAGAGGGAGGGGGCAGGCUGCUCUAUCUACAACCAUUGCUCCAACCAGUGACCACCUUAACUUGGUCUCCGUCUGUCUCCCCUGCCUCAUCCACUGGGACGGAAGUCAACUCUCUUUGGACCACACCGCAAUUGGACCCAUGCAACUUUUUUUCGACUUCUGGAACAAGAAAGGAAAAUGCACAUUAAAGUACUGAGAAUGGAAAAAGAGGUGUAGAGUUUCUAGAGGGGGGGUCCGGUUUUUCCACAUAUCCUCAGCACCAGCCACACAUGAGACGUUGCUAGGUUGGAAUUAAACACUGGGAUUAAAUCGCGCAGAGGAGUUGAGGAUCUACCAAGAGUAUUUGUUUUCAUGGCAACUUAAUCUGCACAAAGGAUUUACUGUUGGAAUUUUACUUUGAAACUAUGACUGAAACAGUUGAAGCGCGGUCGUCGACCACCACCACCACCAUGGUCAUCGACGGUAAGCAUGUAGACGCCGGGUCGGCGUCUUCACGAGGACACAAGAAAACUUUUUCAGAUGAUCUCCACUCUACCUUCAGCUCCCCACUAGCCUGGAUCUUGGUUCUGGCUCUCAUCAUUACAUGGUCUUGUGUUUUUGUCAUCAUGUUUGAUCUGAUGGACUACAAGACCGUUUCAGGUCGCCCACCUCCUCUCGUCAGGAAAGUUUUAAAGGAUUCAGGCCGUAGAGGAGGCCUCACCAAGAUCGGCUCAGACCCCAUGAAGGUGGUGAACGAUGUCAUGGACGAAUCGACAAACGUGAUGAGUGCGAUUUUAAGCUUUGUUGCCAACCUGGUUGCUCCUGAAGACGACGAAGUAACUCUAUCUGCAGUGAGAAAAAAAGAUUCAAGAUGGUUGGAGGAAGAGGAGAAAGAGAAUAUGGAGGUGAAGAUUAAAAAAGCAAAAGGAGAAUUUCUACCCUCCCGAAGUAAAGUUGUAGGGAUGCAAGCAAAGGCGAUACCACCAGUGAUUGAAGUUGUGGAGGAGUUAGAAGAAGAGGUGGGAGAGGAGGAGGAAGAAGAAGAGGUGGGAGAGGAGGAGGGAGAAGAGGGAGAUGAAGUGGAGGCUAUUGGCGAGGAAGAGGAGGACGAAGAACUAGAGGAGGAAGAGUAUGAAGAGGAGUAUGAAGAGGAUUAUGAAGAGGAGUACAAUGAGGCAUAUGAAAAAUAUUAUGAGGAGGAGGAAGCUGAAGGAGAGGAGUUGGAAGGAGUGGAAGAGGAGGAAGAAGAAGAAGAAGAAGAAGAAGAAGAAGAAGAAGAAGAAGAAGAAGAAGAGGAGGGAGCAGAAGCCAUGGAUGAAGAGGAGGAAGAGGAGGAGGAAGAAGAGGAGGGGGCAGAAGCUGCGGAUGAGGAGGAGGAGGAGGAGGAAGAAGAGGAGGAGGGGGCAGAAGCUGUGGAUGAGGAGGAAGAAGAAGAGGAGGAGGCAGAAACUGUGGCAGCGGAAGAGGAGGAAGAAGAGGAGGGGGCAGAAACUGCGGAUAAGGAGGUGGAGGAAGAAGAAGAGGAGGAGGCAGAAACUGCGGAUAAGGAGGUGGAGGAAGAAGAGGAGGAAGAAGAAGAGGAGGGGGCAGAAACUGCGGAUAAGGAGGUGGAGGAAGAAGAGGAGGAAGAAGAGGAGGGGGCAGAAACUGCGGAUAAGGAGGUGGAGGAAGAAGAGGAGGAAGAAGAAGAGGAGGGGGCAGAAGCUGUGGCAGCAGAGGAGGAGAAGGGAGAGGAAGAAGGACAAAGAGAGGAAGAGCAGGAGGGAGAAGGACUUGAAGCAGCUGCUGAUGAAGAGGAGGAUGAGCAGGUGAAGGUAGCUGCAGAGGUGGCGCGAGAUGAGGAUGAAGACGAAGAAGAGGAGAAGAAACCUGAAGCAGCUGCAGCUGAGAUUGAUGAAGAUGAUGAUGAAGAAGAAGUGAAAGAGGAAGCAGCAGAAGAAGAGGGUGACAAAGAUGAUGAUGAUGAGGAGGAAGAAGAGGAGGCAGAUGCUGCUGAUGAAGAUGAUGCAGUAGAGUCUGAGCCUGCAGCCGCUGAUGCCGAGGAUGAUGAUGAUGAUGAAGAGAAGGCAGAUGCUGCUGAUGAAGAUGAUGCAGUAGAGUCUGAGCCUGCAGCCGCUGAUGCUGAGGAUGAUGAUGAUGAUAAUGAGGAAGAAGAAGAGAAGGCAGAUGCUGCUGACGAAGAUGAUGUAGAAGAGACCGAACCUGCCGCCGCUGAUGCCGAGGAUGAUGAUGAUGAUGAAGAUGAUGCAGUAGAGUCUGAGCCUGCAGCCGCUGAUGCUGAGGAUGAUGAUGAUGAUAAUGAGGAAGAAGAAGAGAAGGCAGAUGCUGCUGACGAAGAUGAUGUAGAAGAGACCGAACCUGCCGCCGCUGAUGCCGAGGAUGAUGAUGAUGAAGAGAAGGAAGAUGCUGCUGAUGAAGAUGAUGCAGUAGAGCCUGAGCCUGCAGCCGCUGAUACUGAGGAUGGUGAUGAUGAGGAGGAAGAAGAGAAGGCAGAUGCUGCUGCUGACGAAGAUGAUGUAGAAGAGACUGAGCCUGCAGCCGCUGAUGCCGAGGAUGAUGAUGAUGAAGAUGAUGCAGUAGAGUCUGAGCCCGAGGAUGGAGAUGCCAAGGAUGAUGAUGAAGUUUCUCCUGAACCUAUCUCCACUUCUGAGGAUGAAGAGUCGGCGGUGUCUCCUGAUUCUGAGUCGGACGCACCUGUUGACGUCAUAGACAGUGACGAUGGAGAUGACGAAAAAGACAAAGACGACGAAGAUGAAACAGACGAAGACGAAGACGACGACACCAGUAACGACGCAGUCAUUGACUCCUCAGAAGUCAGUGAAUCUGCACUCCUUUCCAGCGAGGAGGAGGAGAAAGAGAAGGACGAUGACGACGAUGAAGACGACAGAUUAGCGGAGGGUGUCGAGACGUCCGACAGCGACGGCGUUGUUGCAGAAGACAGCGACGACGACCUGGAGCUUGAUCUUCCUCCUCUUCCUGCUGGAAGUGAGGACGACGAAGAGGAGGAAGAUCACAAACUUGCUGAGGAGGAAGAUCUUUCUGCUUUACCUUUUGUCGAGGACGACGACGAUGAACACCUGGACGAAGACGUCAAAGUUGCCGAAGAGACUGAUGAGGAGGAUGAUGAUGAUGAUGAUGGUCUGGACCAAUCAGACGAGGACAUCUCCGUUGCCUCCUCUGAUCACUUUGCAGACGAUGAAGACGACGAGGACGACAGUGACCUGAAAGACGAAGAACUCAAACUCGACAAAGACGUCCUCGCAGACCUCGACGAUGAAGAUGACAAACCCGAUGAUGUCAUUGAAGAAGACAUCCAUGACGACGACGACAAAGUGGAGGAGGAGGAGGAAGUCAACGCUUCUUCCUUUGAGAGUACAGACAGCGGAGUCUUAGGCGAUGAAGAUGAUGACGACGACAUUGCUCUUGAAACUGAUGAAGAGACGGUCUUCAGCAGUGACAUCUCCUAUGACUCAACCGACGAUGACGACGAUGAAGAUGAUGGCGUUAUUGACACCAGCUCGUUUGAGCUCACCUUCGAUCAGGAAGAAGAAAAAGAAACGGUUGUUGACGCGGUAAAAGAUGAUGAUGAUGAUGAUGAUGAUGAUGAUGAAGUCACAUCAGAGUCCUUACCUAGUGAGGAUGAAGAAGACGAUGAUGAAGAUGAUGAAGAUAAAGAGGAUGAUGAUGAUGACGUUGACGACGUCUUGCUAGCAGCUACCACUGCAGCAGCGUUCACUGUCCAGGAGGAGGCAGUAAAGACUGAGGCAGACACCGACGAGGACGAGGACGAGGACGAGGACAUCAAACAGGCUGCUGAUGAAGAUAAGACUGAAGAGGCUGAAGCAGAAACAGUUGUCACCAGUCAGCCUGCUGCUCUUGAAGAGGAAGAGGAGGAUGAGGGGGAAGAUGAAGCGCCAACAGCUGAACUGAAGAAAACUGUAGACGAGCCUGAAGAUAAAAAAGAGGAGGAGUACGACGAAGACGACGACGAGAAGGCGACGGUGGAUGUGAUCAAGCCUGUGCCUGAACCUGCGGAAGAAGCACCAAAGACUGAACCCACAGUGUGUCCCUGUAUGCACUCUGCAAAGGCCACAGAGUCAGCCACUGAGACUGCAGAGAAAAAAGAUGCUCCAAGAAGAGUUUCAGCUGUACGAAGGAAAAAAGAGCGUGAAGGUGAAAAGACUGAUGAAAAGCCAAUGAAGAAAGGUCUGCCCAGAAUUGUAAAACUGGAGCCACAAACCAGGCGGAUCAGGAAACUUCCUGCUCCUUUCAGAGCAAGGAGAGUGGAGAAGACUCCCACCAAGACUCCCAAAAAAGAGCCAGAGACCAAAAAAGAAGAAGAGGUCUCAGAAUCUGAACAAGAAGUUGGCCCUUGCAGACCUGCACCAGUCUACUGCCCCUCCCCGCCUGGCUGGUACGUUCAUCACGUCGUCACGGACAACCCGUACCCUCCUCCGACCAUGUCAGCUCCCUCUGCUCCUGUUCUGACCGCUCACCCCGUCAACCCCGGAGCUCCACCGCCUCUUUAUCAGCAGCAACCACCACAGCCGAUGCACCCGUUCUACGCACAAUAUCACCCAUAUCACCCAUAUCACCCAUAUCCACCAAUGCAGCCAGUGAUGCAGCCUCAACCGGAUCCAGUCCAGCCAGUUGACCCAGUCCAGCAAGCUGAACCAGUCCAGCCAGUUGACCCAGUCCAGCCAGCUGAACCAGUCCAGCCAGAAGCCACAGAACCAGAGGCUCCAGUUCAGCCUGAGAUCCCAAUUCCAGCUGCCGAAGCUCAGCCGGCUGUAGCUCCAGUCCAGGAACCAGAGACUGUUGAGGAAGAAGUGUUGGCUGCCUCCACUGAGAAAGCUGCAAAGAAGAAAAGCAAGGCUGCCGAUACAGAAAAAGAGCCAGCAGCAGCCAGAGAGAAAACAAAGAAAGAUGCUGCUGCUUCGAAAGAGAAACCCAAAGCUGGCGCUGCAAAGAAAGAGCCAACUGCAAGAAAAGAGAAAACCAAAAGUCCUGCAGUGGCUAAGAAAGAGCCAGCUGUGAAAGAGAAAACCAAAUCUGCUGCAGCUGCUAAGAAAGCGCCAGCUGUAAAAGAGAAAACCAAACCUGCAGCAGCUGCUAAGAAAGAGCCUGCUGCUACGGUCCGACAGAAGAGGAAAUCAGCCUCUGACAAGACAGAAGUGUCACCCGUCAGGAGCAAAGCCAAGAAAGAUUCGGCUCCAGAAGCACGUCCACAGCCGAUCAGACUGAGAACGAGACUAGAAGCUGUGAAGAAGGAGAAUGUGACCUCUCAGACAAAGGAGGAGAAACCUGCCAGAUCUUCCUCUGAACCAGCCAAAAAACGAUCAAAAUCGUUGGCCGACAAGAAAAGCAAAGAUGAGAAGGCUGAAACGAAAUCUGUCAAAGAAGCUCAAGAUAAAGAGAAACAACCAUCACAAGCUAAGAAUGGAAAAAGAUCUUCCCGUAAAGCUUAAGAAGAGACCCAGACUGAUGACAAUACGACAGAAAAGAAGAAACCAGGCCAGAGAUACUUCCAGUGCAUUUACGUCCCUGGUAAAAAUGCACAGUACCCCUUGCGACCAGCCAUGUCCCCCGCCAUGAUGACUCCUGCUAUCAGAUCCAUGUUGGAGCAGCAGCAGAGAGCAACGAGGGCCUCGGGCCAAUAGGACAACCUGAUCUCUCACCUCUUUCUUCUGACAGCACUGCAUCUCCCAGUCCAGCAGGGGGAGACGCUCUGAAUCUGUGGGAUCCUUAAAUCCUGAGGAAAUACCACAGACAGACAGAUAAGAGUGGACAGAACUAUUUUGUCUUUAAUUUAUUCAUGUAUUUAUUUUUCUCUCGAUGUGGUCGAGCUCCUGGGGUUCCUGUUGAUAUUUCAUAUUUUUUCGCUUAGCUGAUGCUUCACCAGUCGACGCUGCCAUGCCUCGCUUGUGCCUUAGAUUUAACGUAAUGUCACCAAAAUCCAAACACGGAAGCUUUUAUGUGAAUAUUCUUAACUCAGUAUGUGUAAAUAAUGCUUAUAUUUGUAAUCUAGGCUGAAAUAAAUGUGCACACCUUUGGCAUGUUGUUUUUGCAGUUUACUCUUGCAGUCCAGUUUAAUUUAAACUUUCUAUGGCACCCUAUUUUUGUUUCAUAUAACUAAUUUAUACUUAAAGGCACUUGUGCUGACAAAACAAUUAUGCACAGUGAGAAACGUGCUUAAGAAAAUAUAAUAGUAAAUAAAAAACUGAUAAUGCACAAACAAACCAAAUAGUAAGUACAAACUGGGACAGUAUUUUGUGUCAAAUAUUAAAGGAAUGUAUAUCAGAAUAUCAUUAAGAAAUGAGUAAAACUAUUUUUUUAUUGAAUUUGAAUGGGAUUAAAUAUUACUUGAGUCCAGCUUUGUUUCAAUAUGAGAGCUAUAAUCAACAGUUUGUAUCCCCUUUUAUUUUUAAUGGUAGAUUUCAAUCACCUGUAUCCUGCGUACCGUAACAACAACAGGUGUGUUUCGCUGCUUUGCUGCAUCUGCAACAGAUUAGCGUGCUAAUGUUUGAAGGGUUAAAUCCCAGGAGCUCCCACGUUUGAUCCAAGCAGACUCCCUAUCUCUGAUCGUGAGUCUCGUCAACGUGUUAAAUGUUGAUGAGUGAUGAAUAAUGAUGAGACCUUUUCUUCUUAGAUGACCUGAUAUCAGACAGGAGCUCAUCUCAGCCUGUAUAACUUCUGGACAUGUUCCAGUUUGUAUAACUGCAUUUUAAUGAACGACACAACGCUUUUAAGUUUAAAGAGAUACUUUGACAUCUUAAAUGCAAUUGUUGGAUGUUUUUCAUUCCCCACACACUGGCAUGCUAAUAAGUUGGGAGUAGUCUUGGUCAUGAAAAUAAGGGCUUAAAGUAAAAGUUUACAGUAUUUGGUCCCCUCAUCAAAUACUAACAAUAGUUUAAUACUUGAACCCUGUUAUUUCUCUUUUGUAAAUAAUUGGCCUUUCUGUUUCCCAUGUAAAUCUCCCAAACCUCAAAAGUAAUCUUUGUUCUUAAAAAUGAAGUGCAGUUUGAUCACAUAGGAUCUCAAACUGUUUAAAGUUGAGCUGUCGCAGUUCGACACAAAACAGCUACCAGUUAUUUUAGCUUUGUUUAGAGACGGGGGGUCUGCACAGGACAACUCUGAUGUGACCAACUAAUGAGACGCUGUGAUGUCUGCUACAGUGGAUAUAUGUCAUGUUAAUCAUCAGCUGAUUGACAAAAAGCCUGAUACAUUGUCAUAUUUUCAGUUACCUCACUCGCUCUGGUUUUGUACCUUAUGCCGACAAGGCUGCCUUGUUGUCGCUGCAAAACUGUCGCUGAGCAUUAUCGGCAAUUUGCUGUUGUCUUACUGAAUGAAAACCUUGACUACAGAGAACCAAAAACAUUUUAAUCCGGGGAUAAGACCCACUUUAGUCUGCUGUACUGUUGGCCCAAGGCUACCAGUUUAUUCACACUUACAGUUCCUAAGCUGUCAUUUGAAUUCCUCCAUGUUUUGCAGUGAAAGGCACUCACAGUGGUUACCUGCAGUUGAACACCUUGUGGACUGACUCAGAGCAGUUCUUUGACUGUACACUGAUGAGGUGUGGCAAUAAUGUUUAUCCCACGAGUUACUAAUCCUCAUUGUAUUGCAUGUCUAUCCUCAACUUUUUCAGGGUUAUCCCCCAAAAAGUCUUAAGGUGUGUUCAGACUAAACCCAAAGCUAAUUUCAGAGGCGAUGCAAAUUGCAUCCAAAGUCAAAGGAAAGAUGUGAGUGGAUACGAACAGUUGCAGAUCAAAAACUAGGUCGUGCAAUCAUCUAAAAAUGCUUCCAUUCGAGCAAAAUAAAUUGCAUCCAUCCUGCAGCUGAAUGACUCCACUGCAGACACAAGAGGACAACAACAUAAACUGAGUGCAACCAAGCUAGCAGCAACAGCUAGCCUCUGUGGAGAUUGUCGAACGGAUAUUUGUGGCAACUAAUUGCACAAUAAAGCGAGAAAAAAAAACGCUUUGUGUUCACUCCGAAUGCACCUUUAAAAUCACUGGUGUGAAUCCGAGUCAGAGCCAAAGCAGUCUCAGCUAACUGUUUGCCGUUAGCAUACUGAUUUUUGAGUGUAAAUAUAUUUAACCCGAGGCUCGGAGUAAACUCGGGGUUAAUGAGUCCAAGAGUGAAAUGAGGUCAAGCUAUCCCUGGGCCGCUCUCUGUCGCCCUGCAGGGUUUAGGUCAACAGGCCUGAAAAAAAAUGGAAGUGUGAAGAGGCCUCAUGUUUCAGGGGCCAAAAUGAGAUCUGACAACCAUUUACAGAAGCAACCUGCCGAGUGGAUGUGGUUGUUGGAGCGGCAUUUUAAAUUCACCUGGCGUUCAGGUGUUUUUGAGGAUUU